AUGACGUAUCACAUGCUAGUCGACAUUAUUGACGGACGCUUGGUCCUGAACGAAGCAACCUUCGCAGUAACGUACAAUAGGCAAGUCUCGUACCGGGAAGAGCUUCCUAGCGGCAUGCCUGUCACAGUACGAUCCGGCGAAACCGGGCAUGUGUACAUUUUCCUGCUGGACACGCAGGGACUCUUCCUCAAUGAUUGUGACGGGUUCAUUUCCGAAUCGAUCAUGAUAUUCACGAUGCUGAUCUCAGAGGUUCUGAUUUUCAAUCUGUUUCAUCGACCGGACGGUGACGACUUGCGAACAAUUUACCGAGCUGUAGAGAUUUCCUCCAACUUGGUCAACCGUCGACCGAUAAACAAUCUUUUAUUCUUGAUCCGCGACGCAAUGCUACCGGACGCUUCGGCCGACGAGCUACUGCAAUCAAUUUGGGAACAAACUGAGAAUUCGAAAGAACUAACGGAAGCCUGCACCGUCAUCCGGCAAAAUAUCCUAAAUAUUGGUUGCGUGCUGAUGUGCGCGCCCUCUAAAAACGUGAGAGAAGCGAACCAUAGUGUUGGCCUCACAGACUCGGACGAUCGCAAAUUCCUUGACGGCAUCCUCAAAGUGGGCAGUUAUAUCGAAAAGUGCGCUGAUGGUUCGCUGAUGGAGAAACUGGAACUGUCUUUUUGGAAGGAGACGCUGGAGCGGAUUGACGCCGAUCUGCCCAAAUUAGUGCGGGGCAUAGAGACUACGAAACCGGAAUGUAUUCAGAGGACUGCAACAAAAAUUAUUAACAAAUUUGAUCUUCACUGUUCGGGCACCACUGCUGAAUCAGUUUCGCAGUUUUACCUGACAGCAUUGGAGGAUAUAAAACUGGCAACAAGCCAACGGUCACUGGAAGUGAACCAUACGGAGCUCAUUGCGGAAAUCGCAAAGCGCUUGCAGGUACUUCACGAUAACGACAUGAGCAACUUGCGGUCCAUUGGGGACGCCGAGGAAUUUUGGAGGAGCAAUGGAAUCGCAAAGGAAGCCGGAUCGGAUGCGAAAACUUACGACGAGCUUAAGGAGCGACUCUCCGCCCGGAUUCGUCACGAACUAUUGCCAAACCAUAUUCGCGACUUAAUCGAUAAGCGUGAGCCCACGCUCCAGAGUCUCGUUCAAAAGAGAACCCGCAUUGCUGAACUCGAAGAGAGCAAAUUUAUCGCAAUAGCCGUGGAGAAUGAGAUUAGCUUCUUAAAGGCGGACGUGAAAAAACUGGAACCGAUGUAUGUGUGCUCCCCACGCGAGCUUCUCGAGAUUAUCUCCACUGCUACGCCCAAGGUCGAGAAAUGUUUUGAGCGUGUAAUCAUGAAGCGGAAAAACGAAUUGAUGAAGUUAGAAGCGCUUGAAUCGCCGAACGCCAAAAUACACGAGAGACCAUUUUCCUAUGCUGCAGCUGCUGCCAAAAAUCAGUCUCAUCAGGAGGCGAGGAUCGAGGGCACCGCAAGGAAUGCGGGGCUUGGCAAACAGUUGAUCCGCGGUGCGGCUUUUGUUUCUGGUGCUGACACGCAGCCCGAAAUUCCCUCACGCAACGCUGCAAAUUCGGAAAAAGGCUUGGUCGCCAGUAAAAAAGCUAGCCACGAAAAAGCCGCCACCGGGAAUAAAUCUGGCACGCGCGCGAUGUCGAGCAGUGUUGCUCUUGUUCCCAUGUCUGUUAUUUCGGGAAUGGGAACAGCGCCCUACUCUGUCGGGUUGGAACCCUUCGUAACCUCCGGAAACCAAAUGCUCUUGAAUACGGAAAACAUGAUGAAUCAAUUGGGCAUACGCGCCAAUUCAAAUACCUCUUCGGGCGCUAGAUCAGAUCAGGAAACAAUUGUAAAUAAGCAGCAGAUACAGCAAGCAAGCGCCAAGGCUUCGCAGUCCAGUUCGACCGCAUAUGAUCGGCAUCAGGUAGAAGGGCUUAAGGACGAAACAAAACAGCCGAAUCAAACGACCAUUGAUGUGAAGGGAAACUACAACUAUAAAUUAGUUAAUACGGAUUAUACUGCAAGCGAACAGCGAGCCGAGAUCGCGCUGCUGACCUCUAAACUCGCGAAACUCCAAGAGGAAAAGGCAUCCCUCGACAGCAAGCAUGGAAAAUGUUAUGUUGAAAUUCGAGACCUGAAGGUUACAUGUACACAAUAUGACGAGAUCCAUAAGAAUUUACUCGGGUUUCGCCAUGAGUUGCGGGAGUUAGUUCGGGAAAAUCGAAAAUAUGACUUCCUCAUCCGGGAAGUUCGCGACGAAUUGUUGCGCAUUGAAAUGGAACGUUGCCUAGAUCGGGAUUAUGUGCAUCGCGGCGAACCCAUCUACAAGAAACUUCACGAGCAACGCGGGCACGUGGCAGCUCAUAGCUACGAGCUGGCUACCGAUGGCACUUUCAAGCCUCAACGCAUUUUUUUCGAGCCGCUUGUGAACCGGGACGCUAGUAAGAACAGUGCACAAUAUCCCCUGAUAGAUAAUAGCUACGAUACGUGUUUUCGAGAAAUCGAAAAUGCGCUGCACCUCGACUCGAUGAACUGCCGUGCUGUUGCGAAAGCCUGGGUCGUCGAGUUUCAGAAUUGGUUGAUGGGCUGGCGAUUUCCGUUUUUCAUCGAACUUUCCAUAUGCUUUUCAUUCCAAAUUAACGCCGAAGAACUGCUAAGGAAAUUUGGAAAGGGGAUGCCGUACGCCGAAGACGAGACUGCCACAAAAAAUUAUCGGCAAUUUAUUGAUUUGUUCACCGAACGGCCACCAAAGGAUCAUCUACUCCCUGGCGCACUAUACCGAUUCUGCGAGCAGGAAAUGGAAAACAUUGUGUCCGGAUAUCCAGAUAGGUAUCCGAUGGCUGUAGCAGCAAAACUAUCACGGGAAUUUUGUCGAAGGGCCUGGAAGGAUUGCUCACGUCAGUUGCCCGAAAAAGCCGCCUGGAUGUGGGAUUUCAUCUCGUGUGUUUUUAUUUAUAAAUGGGCAGCAAGAAUCCAACAAUUCAGUUGCAAGGUGGAAAAAGAAAAACCGCCAAGGGGCCGGCCGUAUUUUUUGGAUAUGAUCAACUAUGUGACGAUGGAUAUGAGCAGUAAAACUGGCGAUAAAUGGAAAGCACAGCUGAUCCAAAUUCUUGAAGGCCGGCAAUCUGAUAAGGCUGUCAAAAAUUUGCAGGACAAGAUUCAGUCUUGGCAUGUUGCUCUUUCACAUGGU